AUUGCGUAGAACAAAAACAUCUCAUCCCUGUAAUCCAAAAAUUGCCUUUCCCUCUUUCAGAUCUCAUCCGCUGUAUUUGAUCGACAUGUCCCGCUGAGCUGAUCGUUGCACCUCCGUCCCCGAAAUUCCACUCCCAAUCUCGUUAAACUCUGUUUUUUCUGGUUCAAUUCUUUUUCACAUUCUUCUCGCGAUUAUUUUGAGGUUGUUUAUUGUAUUAAAUCAUAGCUGCAUUGUGGAAUGUGGGAUUUCUCGGAAUAUCUAGGGUUUAUAUCACCCGGUACCUGCGGACAAUGUGCGAUUUUCAGAUCAGAGGACGAACGCACGGGAUGGAGAUUGUACUAAAAGAGAAGGAUGCUGCGGAUUGGGUUUAUAGAGGCGAAGGAGCCGCUAAUAUUGUUCUUGCUUAUACUGGCUCCUCUCCAGCUUUUAUUGGAAAAGUUAUGCGUAUUCAAAAGGCUCCCAUCAAUGGGUCACAACGUGCGAGGAGUCCAACUACAUUUACCAAGUACGAAUACUUGUUGUGGGGUGACAUAGGGAACCUUGUCUCGUGUACUGACAGGGACAUUGCUGCCCAAACCUUUGUGCAGCAUGUGAUGAGCCCCUUAUUAGGUUCCAAACACGUCGAUGCUGGUAAACUUGUCAAAGUAAGCAGAGAGUUUUUAGAGUUGGCAGAGAAGGAAGUAAGUAGUCAACGGCCAUCUUGGAGGGUAAAUACUGGAAAGAUUGAUACACAACGUGAUUAUGCUCUUAUUCUAUCUGAUCAUUCCAUAUUCCCUCACGGUGCUUUAGAUGGGGAACCUUGCAUAUCUGUUGAAAUAAAGCCAAAAUGUGGGUUUAUCCCAUUCUCAAGGUUCAUAACCCAUGGCAAUGCUGUUAAACGGUGUAUGACUCGUUUCAGAAUGCACCAAGCCCUUAAGCUGCAUCAAGAAGAGAUAUCGGAGUUCAGUGAUUAUGAUCCUCUAGAUCUCUUCUCUGGUUCCAAGGAUCGUAUACUUAAAGCAGUCAAGGAUCUUUUUUCGACCCCUCAAAACAACUUUCGUGUGUUCUUGAAUGGCUCUCUUAUAUUUGGGGCCUUGGGUGGUUCUGCAGAAAAUACUGACGUGAUUGUUGGGGAAGCAUUUGAAGAUGCACUCAAGUCUGAUGUUCGAGCAGAUAUUGGUCUGUGUACAACUAGCUUGCUACAGCUUGUCACUGAAACUUUAUACAAAUCUGGAGUUAUGGAUCGACUUCUUGAAGUCCAGAAGCUUGAUAGUUUGGACAUAGAAGGUGCUAUUCAUGCAUAUUAUGAUGUAAUUUCAGAGCCUUGUGUGGUUUGUGGACAGUUGAAUGAAGAUGAAGAAUUGCAUAGAUAUGCCUCUUUGCAUUCCCUCCCUCUUGAUCAAAGCUUAAAGAUUGUCAAAAACUUUUUGAUAGCUGCUACUGCUAAAGACUGUAGCUUGAUGAUUAGUUUUAGGCGAAGAGUAGGUGAAGAAUGGGGGUCUUCAAAUAACACAAUACGCCUCGAAUCAGGGAAAUUUUUUGAUUAUAAGGCACACUUCAUUGACUUGGAUUUGAAACCUAUGAAGAAGAUGGAAGAAUAUUAUGAAUUGGACAAGAAGAUAGUGAGUCUCUACAGGAAAAUAGAGAAAGGGAAAGUUGGUGAUAUUUCAAAUGCAAAAUUUUACAAGUCUAAGCUUGGAAAGUAGAUCCCCAAUAUUAAGGAACAAUUGCCUCACUGAGGAUUUACUUGUGUAUGUGAAUACUGGCGAUGCAGGGUUAGUGUUGCCCAUGUCUAUAUCUGGACCUUCAGAUAAGGAUUUGUGGGGUAUGCUUGAGUGCUGUGUAUCUCAUGGUCCAAUGCAAUGGCUGCUCUUGGCUGUAUCCUUCCCUAAAAAAGGGGCGAUUGAAAAGGUAUGUAAAAGAAUGAAAAUUGACCAAGAAACUAGAAACUUUCUGAAAAGAGAGGUAGCUGACAUAGUAGCACGCACACUGCACAUUGCACAUUGCAGAGCAACGCCUCAGCGUCAAGAUGGUAGAUUGAUUGCACAGAGACCUAAUUUGAUGAGGGCUAGUGUAGGAGAGCCAUGUGUAAUACAAUGUUCCAAGUUCUGAAGGGGAGUUGGGGCAUUCAAUGAAAGAACAACACAAAUAGACAAGGGACAGAGUUGGGAGAAGACGAGAUCGAGGGAUUGAGGAGAAAGGUCAUGCUUCUGAUUUUACCUCAUUUUCCCCUGCAUUCUUAGCUUCAUUUUUAUUUGAAUCUGAUCCAUUUCUUUAGAUGAGUGAAGUGAUAUUUGACUUCUAGAAACCCUACUCUGUUUCUGUUCCUUUUUAUAUCAUGCAUUUUUUUUCAUAAUAAUUUAGUUGUCUAAUAAAAUUACAAUUGGUC